GCCCGCCCGCCCGCGCCGCAGCCGCCCGUCCAGCACCCGCCCCGGCCGCAGUCGCCGGUGCAGCCGGCCCAUCCGAACCUCCCUGCGGUGCAGCCCCACCCGGCCUCGCAGAGCCUCUCGCAGCCGCUCUCUGCCUACAACAGCAGCAGUUUGAGCCUCAACAGCUUAAGCAGCAGCAGAAGCAGCACUCCUGCCAAGACUCAGGCUCCUCCUCCACACAUAUCUCACCAUCCCUCAGCCUCACCGUUCCCCCUCUCUUUACCCAGCCACAGCCCGCUGCAUACCUUCACGCCCACCCUCCAGCCCCCCGCACACCCACAUCACCCCAAUAUGUUUGCCCCUCCUACGGCUUUGCCUCCUCCACCUCCAUUGACGUCAGGGACACUGCAGGUUCCAGGACACCCAGCUGGUAGUACUUACUCAGAACAAGAUCUUCUCCGUCAGGAACUAAACACGCGAUUUUUGGCCUCGCAGAGCGCAGAUCGUGGGGCCUCCCUGGGCCCGCCGCCGUACCUGAGGACCGAGUUCCACCAGCACCAGCACCAGCAUCAGCACACACACCAACACACACACCAGCACACCUUCACGCCUUUCCCUCACGCCAUCCCACCCACUGCCAUCAUGCCAACGCCAGCACCGCCCAUGGUGCGUACCCCAGGCAGAAAUUUUGACAAAUACCCUACAAAAGUUGACCCCUUCUACCGUCACAGUCUGUUUCACUCCUAUCCUCCAGCUGUAUCAGGUAUUCCUCCCAUGAUUCCUCCAACCGGCCCCUUUGGCUCGCUACAAGGAGCAUUUCAGCCCAAGACUUCCAAUCCUAUUGAUGUUGCAGCCAGACCUGGAACUGUCCCACAUACCCUUCUGCAGAAAGAUCCACGGUUGACAGAUCCGUUCAGGCCCAUGUUGAGGAAACCUGGAAAGUGGUGCGCUAUGCAUGUUCACAUCGCCUGGCAGAUCUACCAUCACCAACAGAAAGUCAAGAAACAGAUGCAGUCUGAUCCGCACAAGCUGGACUUUGGCCUGAAACCUGAAUUUCUGAGCAGGCCACCAGGCCCCAGCCUUUUUGGAGCCAUCCACCACCCCCAUGACCUGGCCCGGCCCUCGACUCUCUUCUCCACAGCCAGUGGGGGUCAUCCAGCUGGCACCCCGUUCGGCCCACCACCUCACCACAGCAACUUUCUCAACCCAGCUGCUCACUUAGAGCCUUUCAAUCGACCGGCUUCCUUCAGCGGCCUCACCGCCGUGGGUAGCAACGCCUUCGGGGGACUCGGCAACCCGACAGUUACACCCAACUCAGUGUUCGGCCACAAGGAUGGCCCCAGUAUGCAGAGCUUUAGCAACCCUCACGAGCCCUGGAACCGACUGCACCGAACUCCUCCUUCGUUCCCGACCCCUCCGCCCUGGCUGAAGCCAGGAGAGCUGGAGCGCAGUUCAUCUGCUGCAGCUCAUGACAGAGAUAGAGAUGUAGAUAAACGAGACUCAUCUGUUAGUAAAGAUGACAAAGAAAGGGAGAGCAUUGAGAAAAGACACUCCAGCCAUCCUUCGCCAGCACCUAUCCAUCCAGUGAACUCACUCGGACAUAAUCGCAGCUCAAAUGAGCAGAUCAGGAGCCAUCUGAAUCCCGAGGUUCGAGAAAAAGAGAAACCCAAAGAACGAGAGAGGGAUCACUCUGAAUCUCGGAAGGAAAUUAAUGUUGAAGAGCACAAGGUGAAGGACAACUAUAUUUCGGAGAAAGAAGGCCUGAGCCAUGAAAGCCGAGUGGUGGAAGAGUCUAAACAAAUGUCCAGGGUUCCUUCACCCUAUGCUAGGCCCCCCGUUGUGGAGAGCACCAGGCCCAAUAGUACUUCAAACCGUGAGACGGAGAGGAAGAAUGAGCCGGGCUACGAUAAUCCGAAGAAAAGCAAUGAAGUGAAAGUGAAGGAGGAGCGAAAGGAAGACCAUGAUGUUCAACCUGAGGGACCUCAGACUCAUAGGUCAUCUGAUCAGCCACCACCUAUAUCUACAUCUAAUGUCCAUCCAAGUCCUUUAGUGUCUAUGCCCAUGACCGUAGGUGUGACUGGUAUACAUCACAUGAACAGCAUCAGUGGCCUGGACAGGACUCGCAUGAUGACGCCUUUUAUGGGAAUCAGCCCAAUUCCUGGUGGAGAACGUUUCCCGUAUCCUUCUUUCCACUGGGAUCCAAUGAGAGAUCCCUUAAGAGAUCCUUACAGAGAGCUAGAUAUUCAUCGGAGAGACCCCCUGGGCAGAGACUUUUUGCUAAGAAAUGACCCCCUUCAUCGUCUUUCUACGCCAAGAUUAUAUGAAGCAGACAGGUCAUUCAGGGAUCGGGAACCUCACGACUACAACCACCACCACCAUCACCACCACCCUCUCUCUGUUGACCCUCGACGUGAGCAUGAGAGGGGCAACCACUUGGAUGAUAGGGAGCGGUUGCACAUGCUCAGAGAGGACUAUGAACACGCACGCCUGCACUCAGUUCACCCUGCCGCCUUGGAUGGGCACCUGCCUCACCCAAGCCUAAUCACUCCAGGACUUCCCAGCAUGCACUACCCCAGGGUCAGUCCCCCGACGGGACACCAAAAUGGCAUCCUCAAUAAAACUCCCCCCACAGCAGCUCUCAGUGCCCCUCCACCUCUUAUUUCGACUCUGGGACCUCGGCCUGGGUCUCCCAGAAGGACUACUCCUCUGUCAACAGAGAUGAGAGAGAGGCCUCCUUCUCACACCCUCAAGGACAUUGAAGCUCGAUAAGCAGAGGGAGACUAAAUAAAAACCAGAGAAAGAGGGACAGAACAUUGUAAAUGAACAUAAUAUAAAGACCUUCUUACUAGUCAUUGAUACAGACUGGGGAUGUGACCCACUGUACAAUAUGUAUAGACCUGAGUGCAAAGAUUUUGAAAUGGGGUUUUUUUGUAUAUUAUAUGUUGAAAUUUUCCAGAUCUUUUAGCCAAGUCCAUAUGUUCCUCGUGUCUCCUACUCUUUAUUUUAUUUCUAGUUUAAAAAUUUCAAAAUUGGAACUGAAGAACAAGACAUGAAUCUGAAUGAUUUGACUAGAAACAGACCACCACCAAUGUCAACCGUACAAAGCUCUUUCAGACCAGAAGUGAAGACAAUUGUAGAUAUUUAUGUAAAAAGAUUGCUUCAUGGAUUAAUGGUUCAUAUAUGCAAAAAGGGUAAGAUGAAAGCUUUACUUUGUACAAAUGUAAAUAGAUAAAAUUAAGUAACAUAAUACAUUAAUACUUCUUAAACUGUGCUAUUUGCAAACUUAAUAUUGAUCAACACAGACUGCUUAUGCUGUGUUACAUAUAUUGUUAUAGACAGCUAAACCCCUUCAACUAUGCAAUGAAUUUUAAGGCUUUUCACAAAAGCCUUUAUAACUCAAAGGAGCCUUUUCAACACACAACAUAAUUAAAGUCAUAUUUUCCCUGAACGAACUCAUCUGUAAUAGAAACCUACUUCUCUUGCUCAUUUUGAUGAAGAAACAGCCCAUUAGAAGUGUAACUUUCUGUCUGAACCCCUGCAUCGAGGCGCUGCUGUGGCUGUAGCUGAUGGAUUCCUUAGGGCGCGUCAGGAUUAGCGAUCUGUAAUCACUGAUAGUCAUGACAGAUUGGUUUUCACUCACAUUAAUCUGGGUUAAACAGAGUAAUAACCUAAUGCUGGAUAUUUUCCAGAAUUUUCAGCACUUAACAUGUCAAAUUUCUUUUUGGAAGAACAUCUGCUUAUAGCCGUUCAUGUCUGGUUUUAUUGCCAGUGUGUCAUUUUUUUCUUUGUACACACACUUCUUUUUUUUUUGUUAAGUGAUUUUUAGCUACAUUCAGACAAAUCCUACAAGAAAGCUAAUACUUUUCUAAAUGAUCAAUAUGUUUUCACUGUGGAUCAGUAGUUUAAUUAAUGAACUCAGAUACAGAUUUCCUAAUGCAAUUUACUGUAUUUCAGUUGGUAAUAAAGUCUGUGAAUAGUUAACAGGUCAGCCUUGUUGUUCCCUCAUCAUAGAAGAUGGAAAUAACAUGAAGAACGUGGUCCUUUUUAAAAAUAUGCAUCAAUCUUCUGAGAUCUGUCUUUUCAUAACACACUUUUUUAUAAUGCGUUAAGUUUCUUGUCUAAAUAUUUGGAGAGAAUAUGACUUUAUCAGCGAGAAUUCAAUAUCUUGUCUACUGGACUGUAAAAUAUAUGUAUGAAAUAAAAUUAGUUCCAUUGGUCUUCUAGUGUAUUAAAGUGCUAUCUGAAGUUGUUACCCUGUUUUGGCAAAAAAAAAAAAAAAAAAGAAAAAAAAAGGAGAAAAAAGUGAACUACAGACAGUUGUUUCUAAUGAUCAGAGAUCUAUUUUAGUAGUCAACUGAAGGUUUAGUUGUGAGCUUCAGAUUUUGUGAACUCCAGAUGUUGUGCAGUGGU